UUGUUUCAGAGUCGAUUUAUUGCAACAUGUGACAUUUCGGCUGAUCUUAGGAAACAGCUACGACUAUUCAAAUUCUCGAAGAGCACGUCGUUGAAUGUCCUCAUUUGUGAGGUUUCGACUAUGUUUCCACUUGAAUGCUCUAUUGAAGAAAUACGUAAAGAGCUUUCACAGCAACCACGUUUUGUUCUGAUAAGCUAUGUGUUACGUCAUGCGGAUGGACGCCUGUCAUAUCCAAUGUGUCUCGUUUUCUAUAGCCCUGAAGGUUGUUCCCCUGAAUUGCAGAUGAUGUACGCGGGAAGUAAGGAGAACGUUGUGCGGGAAUGUGAAGUGACUAACCCGAUUUUUAGGCAGAAUCGCCUUCUUCAGAGCCUUUUCGAGAAGCCGUAG